UCUUGCCGUGACAUUAUGGCCUGGAGGAGUGGAAUCGCAUUCGCUGCCCUGACUGUGGCCCUGAUCCUGACUGUCGGCAGUCAAGCCUCGCAGUUCAGUCGCGACGAGAGCCGCGAGGAGGAGGAGACCAACUUCAACCUGGCUUCCACCCUGACUGGAGGCAUCCGCAGCAGUCGCCACCACCAGCGGGCGAAUCUCAACUCGCAUCUGUAUCCCGAUAGCGUUCAGCCGGGAACAACCUAUGCCGGCCCCGGCAUCGAUGAUCCACAUGGUCACGAGCAAGGCGGAACCUCUUCUAGAGCAGGAGACUCCAAUUUGAUCGGCUAUGUUGGAUCGCAGUCUCCGCCUUUGCCAGCUGCUCACCCUGGUCAAGAGCUUCCGCCAGGAAUUUAUCCACCUCCUGGGUACCCGACCACAGGUCCUCCUCAGCCUCCCGUUCAUUUUCCUACUGGAAAUGCAGCCCAUCAGUCAGGGGGUGCCGCCGCUCCAGGUCCGUACUAUACACAGCCAAGAGCAGGCUCAUAUCCACAGCCAGGAGUAGGCUCAUUUCCACAGCCAGGAGCAGGCUCAUAUCCUCAGCCAGGAGUAGGCUCAUAUCCUCAGCCAGGAGUAGGCUCAUUUCCACAGCCAGGAGCAGGCUCAUAUCCUCAGCCAGGAGUAGGCUCAUUUCCACAGCCAGGAGUGCCGUCCUAUCCACAGCCAGGAGUAGGUUCUUUUCCGCAGCCGGCCGCUCCAGGGGCCUAUCCCGCAGGAUAUCCCAGCUACGCCUAUCCUGGAGUUUAUUUGCCCCAAUUCCCCGGCUAUUUGCAGCCUGGGGCAUAUCCUGGCUACGCACCAGGAGCUCCUCCAGUGAUUGUGCACCCUGGGGCAGCUCCUCCAGCUGGAGCUGGUGCUACAGCUCCUUCUUACCCACAGAAGAGCAGCAGGCACCACAGCCGAUAUCCGACGCACGAUGCUCAGGAUCCGGAGCACUGGGACCACAGGUUCUCCAUGAACACCGAGUACAAUGAGGAUGGCGUCCACAAGGGAUCCUUUGAUGUCCUGAACAACCACAAUGCCUUCGGGUAUGGCAGCGGCUAUGGGGGCGGCUACAAUGGCGCCUUCAAUUCACCGGCCUUUUGAAAUAAAAGUCCUCCCAUCUGGAGGAGAGGCGUAGUCAUAAGUUGGAUGCCAGCCGCAACACCCUCUGAGGCAAAGAGCAGCUGUUCUGUCUGCCUCUGAAUAAACGUAAUUUUUGCACACCCAGCACCCAACCCAAUA